AUGGGAAAGAUCGUUAAGACCCUUCAGCAAAAGCACAAAGAGACUCUGUCUCCAUGGCUGAAGGAGUACGUCGCCAAGGUCGCGGAAGCCCCGCUUCCCAAGAUACCACAGCUGCUUGCCGAGUUCCCUAUGACAUGGCCGUUCCCCAGGGGCGAUCUAUAUCACUGGAUUCCACUUCUCAAUCGUUUCGAUAACAUACUCGAAUGCUUCUGUCUCACCUAUCAGCUUGCUGAAAGGCCACAAGAUCGGGAUUUCACAUGUGAGAUUCUACUGAAGAAGGGUGCUCCCGUGGAGUAUUGCGAUGAUGCGGUGUGGACUGAAGCCGAUCUGGCGAAGCUUGGCUAUGGUGCAGAUGGCGACAGUCACCUAAUCAUCACCAUACUAAAAUUCAGCAGUAAGCUUUUGGAGCACUGCGGCAACCGCAGCAUAUAUUCAUCAAGCUCCCACUUAAAUAGCCUCCUGAACUCAACCUCCUUCCCCGUCCUAAGAGCUACCCUGGAGGUUGGAAUGGAGCUUGCUCAACGUUAUCAGGCGUCCGUCAAACGAAUGUCGCACACUCCUCGUGCUGUGGGGGCGGCACUUUUGGCCAGCCAUUACAAUAUUGACUUGGACAGGGUCCAGCAACUGGCACAGCCUUUCGUCAAGACUCCGAUAAUAGGGUUCACGGCAGACUCGAUCACGCCGACGACUCCAGGCUCUGCGAGUGCAAAGGGGAAAGAGAGGGCGCAGCCGCCCACAGCGAAAAAUGCUGCUCCAAAGUAUGCUAAUGACCUCACGUCUCUCGCAAUCCCCGAUGAGCAAGGCCCUGGGUUCUGGAGUGGCUGGGGUGACGUGAAAAUCACCUAUUAUCCCAAGCCUGGUAGUCAACCACCUGCGGCAGCACUUGGCUCCCAGCCUGCUGGGGAGCGAGCUCAUGCAAACAUGCCCUCGACACCGACUCCUCUGCGGAGGAGUAGCACCAUGGGCUCGCAUCAGCGGACCCCACGCGGUGAGCGGGCAUCCGCGGAUGAUGUCGCCUCUCCGGUUUCUCCUUUUCUUCCCAGCUCCGGCGGCGAUGAGACUACCAAAUCGCCGCAAAAGACAUUCGAGUUGCCUCAAUCGACAGUCUUGAACAAACCAAUCCAUGAAAUCAUGGCGCGGUGUCCGGAAGACAUGCCAGAAGCCUCACGCUAUGAAGUCUUGAACCGACUAAGGGUUUCCAGGGCACUAUUGGCAUCGCCAUCAUCACGACAAGAGGCAUUGGCUGUUCGCCUACUCGCCAUUACUAACUUAUCGUACAUACACCCAGAGGCUUACUUCACGGAGAAGGUCCUCAAGCAAGACAACGACGAACCUAGACGGUAUCAGCUUGUGUAUCAGCUUGCAGAUCUCAUUCACCCUGUGCCUGAGGGCAAGCCUAGUGUGCCUGUGUGGCUACAGACGAUCGCGUUAAAGCUACUCCAUGCUGUAUCUAACUUUUCGACAAAACACUCCGAUGUUCUUUCGGCUCUCAACGCCAACGUUAAUCAUGGUGUCCUUCUCUACGUCAUCCGGAAAGCAGUUGCUGGCAUGCGUGCGGAUACUGGCCACGGUUCUGAUGCCGAAGAAGCAGAAGCCAACGAUUGGCGAGAGGCGUUGUUCGCCCUAACUCUGCAUAUGUCGGUGUCUGCCCGGUUUGGGACUGAAAUGAUAGGAGCUGGCAUAAUGGACAACCUUGUCGAGAUCCUGGACAUUCGCACGCCCGUGGCCGAGAGGUUCCAUGCCACCGCUCUUAACUUCCUGGACGCAUUAAUAUACACCUUUCAGGGCGCUUUCCAGUCAUUUGUGGACGCAAAAGGCCUGGAUAGGAUUUCUGAGCUCACGGUGUUUAUGGUGAACAAGGCCACCGAGCUGACCGAGGCCGGCAAGGGCACUCCAGCCAAUUUGCGUACGAGCACUGUGGACUAUGAGAUCCCUUACCACCAGCAGCAAACCCUCAAGUGGCUUCUUAAGUUCAUUCACCACAUUAUGACAAGUUGGUAUUCGUUUGGCGGCAAUACCGACCGCCUUCUUCGUAAUCUUGUCGACGACAGCAAACUCCUUCUGGGGCUUCGCCACAUUAUUGAGCACAUGGGCCGUUUCGGCUCUGUCGUAUGGACAAAUGCUAUGAUCAUCAUCAGCGACUUCAUCAACAACGACCCCACUAGCUUCGCCGCCCUGAUGGAGUCGGGGCUGAUCAAGAGCUUCCUAGAGAGCAUAACCGGUCGCGAGCUAUCUUCAGACCUAUCCGAGCGUUCAAGCGAUACGACUGCCUCCGAUUCGAGCAACCCCACCGAGAACAAUGCUGCAAACGCAGCAAACAUGGAAGACAGUGAACACGAAGACGAUUCUUCACCUGCGCCCAGUGUAUCUCUCCUGCCAAAGGACUACAAUCGCCCUCACCCGCCCACGAAGGAGAUGUUGGAAUCCAGGCGUGUUGAUAAGCCUGCUAACCACAUUUUGCCCUCAUCGGAGGCUAUGCAAGUCAUACCUGGAGUUCUGAACUCAAUAUCUCUGAAUAACAUUGGUAUUAAGAUGGUCGUUUCAUCCGGGGCAAUCGAGAGCUAUCUUCAGAUAUUCGAAAGCCCGCGACAUCUUCAAACAAUGGAAGCUGAGAAUGAGAUCGCUGCGAACAUUGGCAAUAGCUUCGAUGAGCUUGCACGUCACCAUCCAGCCCUUCGUCCGGUGAUAUCUAAUGCGGUUCUUGAUAUGGUGGCUUACGUGUGCCACAUGGGCAAGGAGAAGGCGACCAAGUCUUCUUGGGGUGUACACCUGUUGGUGCCGGGACCUAAUGGAGAUACUCUAGUGGCCGACGAGUCUCUCCUGGACAGAGUCAAGCAAGAUGCCCUGUCCUCUCAGGAUGUCGAGAUGACUACGGAUGAUUCAAGCAAGUCUAACGGUGCAGACGAGGGGAAGGAGCAGACAGUGAAGACAAUCACACCAUAUGUGCAUGCUGUGUCCAACUUCAUGACCGCAUACACUGGUAACAAUUCCCUGAAGAAGUCUUUCACUCAAAAGGGUGGAAUCGAGCUUCUGCUUGACAUGGCUGAGAUGCCCAGCCUGCCUUAUGACUUUGCUGAUUCGCAUGCAUUGAAGAUGCUCCAGCAUGUCAUCUCCCUGCUCGUGGAACAGUGUCCCAUUAUUGGAUUGCCUUCUCUUCUCAGCCGCGCUCAAACUGCUGUGGACGCCUUGGAGCCUCUUGUCAAGCAUCAUGGCGAUCGUACAUUCUUCGAGCCAUUUGUUCGUACCGACUUGUCUCUCAAGGAAUGCGAUAGCAAGGACAUCGAACAGCUAGCUCAAGGCACCAAAGUUGUCCGGGCACUUUCAACCACGCAGUCCCUUGUGAAGACUCUGUACAACUGUCUGCCACAGAGCAGCCGGCAGCAAUCCAUGGCUUUCCUGCCGGUUAAUGUAUUCGACUACUACGCUCGCCUUAUAGAGAAACUGGGCCCACUUCUUCAAGCCGUUCUUGUUGAGGAAAUGGCUGUUGCAAAAGCUGUGCCGGCACACUGGCCGCAUCAUACACCACUUCUGGGCGCGCGCCCAGCGGUGGUUGAGGCCGCCACUACUGCCUCAGCCAACGUCACUCCUGAAAACAAUGACGCAGCCGUCGAAAAUGCUGUAGCUAACCCCGCUGCGAUCGCGUUGGCGUCAAAUGAUGGGAAAGAGGAUUCGAAGAAGCCGGUCGCAACCGAGGAGACACAAUCUGCGGCAUACAAGAACUUCCAAGCACUACAAGGUCUCCUGCACUCUGUCGUGCCGACAUCAUACCCAUUCUUCCAGAGCCUAGGCAAGGCGCUCCUCCCUAGGCGAGAGCGGGACCCCUGGAUUCGCUCCCAGCAUCUCUGGAUUGCUGAAGUGCUUGCGAAGACCGUCUCGGACCAGCUGAAGGUUGUGAAGACUCUCUCUGUUAAGGACCUUCACUACUGGGCAGUCAUGCUCCACAGUGUGGACGAGAUGUUGACCGAUACACCCCGCCACGGCGACCGAAGCUCGGUACAAGUCAUUAUCCCCGUGUUGUUGGCAUUUAAGGCACAAGGUGGAUUUGAAUCCCUCCACCUUGUACUCCGUCGGUUGGCCGAAAAAGCAUCUGCUGAACCAUCAGAUCCAACUGAUGGAAGUCCACGCCUCGCCCAGAUCGGCAUGAAGAAGAUUCUCGAUCUUUACCUUACAGUUGUGACAGGCAAGCGCAUCAUGGAGUCAGUAAAUCUCAUCAACCUAACUAGGGCCGAGUCACGUCGGGAUGCCAUGCCUAUUGCUUCCCAGCUUGUUGUCGAGCUCCGCGCAAGCAUACUGCCAGUCAUUCGUGAGAUUUGGGAGUCGUCUCUGGUCGAGAGAGCGGAAUCAGGGGUGGUCAUUAAGAUUUUGGAAAUCCUACGCUCUAUCAGUCUCGCUGAUGAGGAAGCUGCCGCCCCUAGGGCUACAGAUAAGGAUCAAAGCACAGUUUUCAAGCGGGAAAACGUUCCGUUCGACUGGCCCGCAAAGCGCGGACUUAUCCUCAACCUGGCCGCGCGAAACAAGAGUGAAGACAUUGAGCUCAUUCGAGAAGCUAUAUAUCGUUCAAACGGAGCGUUGGAUCUCGCCGAAGAGUAUGUGUCAGCCCACAAAGCCAACAUCGCCGGCCCUCGAAACCCCAUACCUCCUCAAGACGCAUACCGGGAAGAUUAUGCUCCUGAGCCUACGGCUAGGUCUGAUCCUGAGCCGCCUGCUCUGCCUCAGACCCGAGUGGAAGGUGACGACGCGAUGGUCAUCGAUCCUGUCCCUGGAGAGGUCAACCAUGUGGUUCAUCACUCUCUGCGGAACGAGCUUGCUGAGCGACCUACCCCUGGAUCCCAGAAUGGCGAAGGGGAUGAGACCAGUACAGCCCCAGAUGGGCUACAGCAGGCAAUAAUCGAACCUCCCAGCACAGCAGUCGCGCCACCACCCACGACAGAAGAGCCAUCGAUAACUCGGGCAUUUGAAAUCUUGACAUCCGAGCGCGAGAAGCUCAGGGAUAAUCUGAUCGAAAGAUGCCUGGACGUUAUUCGAGCCCACCCGGAUUGUGUCUAUGAUGUGUCAAUGCUGAUCAGGCUGACAAUCUUCCGCCAAGAGGACAAGGCGAGCUGUCAAGAAAUCGGCGAGACACUGGCCAAUGCCUUGGUUUCUUUCGACGUUGACAACAAAUCCAAUUCCGUCAGUAUCGCGGCAUAUGCUCACCUCCUAUCCAUGCUACUUCAAGAAUCAGAACCAUUCUUCCAGUCUAUUCAGGGAACUCUUAGGGACAAUGUAGAGAUGUACUUGAGUUUCUUGAGAGUCUCAGGUGACGACCUUCCAUCUUGGAUGCCUUACAUCCUGCUCAUCCUCGAGAUACUUUUAUUGGACGAUGAACAGCCAAUUAAGGCGGAAUGGUCUCCCCCUGGUCCUAACGACGAAACCAUCAAGGAUUUAGUUUUGCAUGAAAAGGAGUCGAACAUCAGCAGGGAGAAUCGCGAGGAACUAUUGAACUCGAUCCUUGACAUACUCCCUAGGGUUGGAAAAGAUCCCGUGCUCUCAGUCGCCGUUUUGAGGCUUUUGCAGAUUCUCACCCGUACCCGUGAACUCGCCAAGGUGGUAGGGGAGAAGAAGAACCUUCAGCGACUCUUUGCUCUGGCCCGCCAAGUCGUGCCACUAGGCUCAGUGAAGCUUAGGGAAACAAAGAUCAGCUCUUAUAUGAUGACCAUCCUGAGGCACAUCGUGGAGGAUGACGAGACCAUUCAACAGAUCAUGCGCUACGAGAUUCGUCACUAUUUUGAGCUGCCGCAGCGGAGCGGGAUGCGGAACUAUGACCUGAACAGCUACCUCAAGGCUCUGGGGCAUGUUUCUUUGCGGAAUCCUAAGCUGUUUAUUGAAGUUACAGAGGAGAUGGUAAAGAUUUCGCAGUGGAAGAAUGACUCUCCAGAGGGCAAGCCGAAAGUUUACCUGGCACUUAAGCCUGCUAUGGAUUCGAGUAAACUAGCAGAGCCUGCCAAGGACGAUUCAGUGGAGCCGGCGGUGCAACAGGGCACCCGAGAUCUGAACAUCAACGACGUCAAGCCAUCAACUGAGUCUGCCGACAAAGAGAUGACGGACGCCCCGAAGACUCCUGGUCCCGACUUGAAGCGACCGAUUGUUGAGAAUCCGGAUGGAGUAAUACAGUUCCUUCUUGACCAGCUUCUUAGCUUCCAGAAAGUGGAAGACGUCGAGUCAGCGCCCCCUGCACCGGCAGUGAAAGAGAAACCAAAAGAGGGAGCGAAUGCAUCGAGCAGCAAUGCUAGCGUAGCUAUGCCCGAAUCUUCACUCGCAACCCCGUCUCCACCUCCUGACCAGGCAGGCGACGAAUCAAAAGAUAACAAGCAAGCGAAGCAGCAGUUCAAGGCCGAGGAACACCCCAUGUUCAUAUACCGGUGUUUCCUCUUGCAUUGCCUCUCAGAGCUGUUACAUGGCUACACUCGCACAAAGAUCGAGUUCAUCAAUUUCAAGCGCGGCGCCCCUCUGCUCACCAACACGCCAGUCAAACCUCGUUCCAGCGUGCUGAACUAUCUCCUGAAUGACCUCAUAUGCCUGAGCAGUCUACAAGCACAGACAGACACUUUAGCCUAUAAAAAGAAGGCAGCCACGGCUGAGCAAGCCCGUCUGGUCCUGGCCGCUCUUGUAUCUAAGACAGCCGAGAAGCCCUCUAACCGUCUUGCUCGUCGUUUUGAGCCCAGCGAGGAGCAGGAUCUCAACUUUGUUCGCAAGUUCGUCCUAGACACCAUCUUGCGAGCUUACCGCGAUGCAUCAAGCUCGGCCGAACCUUUUGAUACACGCUAUGCCAAAUUGCAAUCUUUGGCCGAGCUUAUGUAUUGUAUGAUAGACGAUAAAGAGGUCAAAGAUCCAACCAUGUCACGAGCAGGGACAGAUAACCUUCGUACUCAAGCACAACUCAAGCGGCUUAUGUAUGAAAAAGGCUACAUAAACGCGCUGACCUCAUCCAUUGCCGAUGUUGAUCUUACGUUUCCUGGUGUCAAGCGAACGAUCAGGCACAUUCUGCGUGUCAUUCACCUCCUCACCACAACGGCCUCUCAGUUGAGCCAUGAUGGGGUUCUGCCUCCUAAUCUGGCCGAUGGUGUAGACGACGAAAUCCUCUCGGCUUCUUCCCUGUCAGACAUGGAGGAGGAACGAGAGGAGACCCCUGACCUUUACCGAAACUCUGCUCUCGGAAUGCUGGAGCCUCGAGAAGACGACGAUUUUUCCAACGAUGAUUCCGAUGACGACGACGAGGACAUGUAUGAUGAUGGUUACCCAGACGAGAUGGAGUACGACGAAGACAUGUCCCAGGACGACGAAGAGAAUGUCAGCGACGACGACGACGAGAUCGAUGGUAUGGGGCAUGUCGAGGGCUUACCUGGCGAUGCCGGAGUUGUCGAAGUCAUCAUGGGCGACGAUGACGACGAUGACGAGUCUAUGGACGAUGACGAGGAAGAUACGAGCGAUGAAGAUGACGAAGAUGACGAAAUGGACUCGGGUGACAUAGAAGAGCUUGAGGAGGUCGUUGAGGAGAUUGUCAAUGGGGAAGGCAGCCCAGUUGAGGACGAUGGUGCGUCUGAAUGGGAGAGCGAAAGUGAGAAUGACGACGAAGACGACGACGAGCAAGACGAGAUCGAUUACGAAGGCGAGGCUCAGGAUAUUGACGAGGCACGUCUCCACGGUCUUGAACCUGGACAACUAUCUCUCGAAAACUACCGGGAUGUGGUGCGCGCCGCCAUGGGUACCGACUUUAUUGACGAUUUCCCGGCCAUCGAUGAUCGUUUUGGCGAGGAAGAUGAGGCUGACGAUGACGACGAGGAUGAAGAAGAUGACAUUGACGAGGACGUUUUUGUCUAUGACCAUGGGAAUAUGGACGGUGGCCCACCCCCACCACCACCAGAUGGACUUGGAUGGGACUCUUUGAUUGAACAUCCAGUCGGCAGCCAUCGCCAGCGUCCCGGUAUUCGUAGCCCCUUUCCUAUCACCCCCAACGCAGUCGUUAUUGGCGGAGGACCAGGGGAUCGUAUGGGAGACUUCAGGAAUUUCUUCCGACCUACCCAACGGAGUGCCGCCCCACAGGCUCCUACCAACGGCGAUGAUAUGGUAAACCCGCUUCUGCGUCGCGCACAUGGAGCACGUGAAGCUUCUCCUCGCCCUGUGACAGGAGGCACGCUUCGGUUCCCAUUCCCUCUUGGAUACAGCGGCCUCGGUGACAACCCAAUGUCAUUCCUCAACGAUCUCCUCACCCACAUGCCCCAGAAUCUGGCGGCAAGCGCCCGCGCCGGCGGGACGCAUCUGCAGCUGCAGUUUGCCCACGAUGGCCCCCAUGGGCCCGUCCACGAGUUUCAUAUACCUGUUACACAUGCCCGAGAUUCGCGGAAUGACAGUUCCAGAUCGCGGGAUAUCUACCAGGAGCCCCACCAAGCCGUGGCAUUUACACCUGUUGCUACCAUUGAACGUUGGCACGAGGAAGCGAGGAUGGUUUUUGGGCCCGACAAGAUACAGCGUCUCUACGACAUCAUUUUCUACAAACUUGCGCCCCAAGCUAUUGCUGAAGAGAAAGAGCAGAAAGCCAAGGAGGCGGAGGCCCGCAAAAAAGCUGAAGAGGCACGUAAGCUGGCUGAAGCUGAGGCUCGCAAAAAGGCCGAAGCCGAGGCAGAAGCCAAGGCGGCCCGAGAAAGAGAGGAAGCCGAGCGCAAGGCCAAGGAAGAGCGUGAAGCUGCAGAAGCUGCGCGGGUUGCUUUGCAGGAAUCGCAGUCCGGAUUACACGCAACCGAGGGCCAAACAGACCAGUCAGGCUCCGGGUCGCAGGCCAUGGAGGGUGUUGAGGCGACGCCGACGGUUGUUACCGGCUCGGGCGCUCAGGACUCUGCUGCUCAAGAGCGCGUAAUGACGACUAUUCGUGGUGAAGAGGUUGAUUUGACAGGUCUUGGAAUUGACCCUGACUACCUUGCUGCCCUUCCAGAGGAGUUCAGGGAAGAGGUGAUUGCACAGACCUUGACGACGAGGAGGUCUGAAGCACGUCAGCAGGCCGAGAACACAGGCACAGGGCAAGAGACCGAGGCUUUCAAUGAGUUUCUCGACGCCCUGCCUGCUGAGCUUCGUCAAGAGAUUAUCCAACAGGAGAACCAGGACCGAAGGCGCCGCGAGCGCGAGGAAUCUCGCCGUCUCGCCAGCAACAACGCCCCUCAGGACAUGGAUCCAGCCAGCAUCCUGUUGACAUUCGAUGCUGCCCUCCGAGAGGAGAUACUCUUGGAUCAGGGUGAAGAGCUCGCAGAACACCUGCCACCAGAUUUGCGAGCACAAAUGCGGGCCCUCCAGGAGAGGAGUGGGCCUCCUCGCGCUGCCGCUCGUGUGCGUGACCGACACCGUGAAAUCCCGCGCGAAGCUGGCCGUAUAGCCGGUGGGCAAUCACAACCCCCAGUGGAAACCAAACCAGUCAGGCAACCGGUGCCACAAAUGCUCGAUAAGGCCGGCGUAGCCACUCUCCUUAGACUCAUGUUCAUCUCGCAACCUGCCAACAUUAGAAGUCAUCAUUUCGCCAUCCUCGCUGACGUCUGCGAAAACCGCCAAAAUCGGUUGGAGGUGAUUAGCACCAUUCUUCAGAUCCUUCAGGACGGCAGCACCAAUAUGGAUGCUGUCGAGAAAAGCUUCAGCCAUCUCUCGCUGAAGGCCAAGCAGCCCAAGGACAAGGACCUGCAGCAAAGAACCCCGAACAGCCUCAAGCGCUCCGUGACCGGCCUUACCACCACGUCGGUGAUCCAGCAUAACUCCGACGUCUCCCCUCUCAUGAUUGUGCAUCAGUGUCUGGAUCUUUUGGUCGAACUUUGCAGGAACCCGCACAUACCUCCUCUGUUCCUCACCGAGCACGAAACUGUCGGUUCAUCCCUUAAGCGGAGUCUUAGCCGCAAGGGCAAGGGCAAGGAACUUAGAGCCCAUAAAUAUGCAAUCAACUCGCUCCUCAGCCUUCUCGGCCGUAGCUUGGUGAUGGAAAGCUCUGCCGUCAUGCAGCUGCUCGCAGACCUCUUGAACAAGGUCACUUACCCACUCCAGGCCCUGGAUCGGCGCCGACGUGAGGCAGAAGAGGAAGCCAAGAAGCCAUCGCAGACCGAAGCCUCUACUGCUACUGGCACCGCUCAGCCCCCGGUAGAAAUGGCCUCCGAAGCCCAGACAAGCGGCACAGCGCCUUCUCAGACCAACGAGAACAGUGCGGUAGCAGACACACAAGACGAUCUCAAGCCAAACGAAGGAUCCAGCACACAAGACGCCAAGACAGCCGAUAAGAAGUCCAGGUCGUUCCAACCACCAGUUGUACCCGUAUACAAUCUGACGCUGGUGGUCAAUAUAUUCGUGGCACGCGAGUGUAGCUCAAAGACCUUCCAGAACACCAUCUCAACCAUCAAAAACCUCUCCAACAUUCCAGGAGCCAAGAUUGUGUUCGGACAGGAGCUGGUCCGACAAGCUCGCCUGUUGAGUGAGAACAUCGUCCGGGACUUGGAUGACUUGCUCCCCCACAUACUCAAGGCCGAGUCUGGCACAGAAAUUCAGGGUGUGGCUCUUAACAAGUUCUCGCCUGGUGCGUCUGAACAGAACAAGCUUCUUCGUGUGCUUACCGCGUUGGACCAUCUAUUCGAUUCCAAAGUCAAGAAGGCAAGCGAGUCCGGUGACUCAAUGAGUAACGACGAGAAACAAGAAUUUAUCAGCUCGUUAUAUCACAACUCCACCUUUGGCACGAUGUGGGAUAAGCUCAGUGCGUGCCUCAGCGCUAUUCACCAACGCGAAAAUAUGGUCAAUGUGGCAACCAUUCUACUUCCUCUCAUCGAGUCCUUGAUGGUGGUUUGCAAGAACACAACCUUAAGUGAGGCGCCUGAGUCGCAAGGCCCUGCGAAGGAGAUGCUGCUCACGAGCCCGCCACCUGAGGAUCGCAUGGCCGGUCUUUUCUUCACUUUCACUGAGCAGCACAGGCGUGUGCUCAAUGAGCUUGUUCGCAUCAACCCCAAACUCAUGUCGGGCACCUUCUCUCUACUGGUUAAGAACCCCAAGGUCCUCGAGUUCGAUAACAAGCGCAACUACUUCAAUCGCAGCGUCCAUGCCAAGACUGGGAACCAGGCACGGCCUUCCUACCCUGCGCUUCAACUGUCAGUGCGUCGCGAUCAUGUCUUUCAUGACUCUUUCAAGUCGCUCUACUUCAAGAAGGGCGAGGAAAUGAAGUACGGCAAGCUCAACAUUCGCUUCCAUGGCGAGGAAGGUGUGGAUGCUGGCGGAGUCACUCGCGAGUGGUUCCAGGUGCUUUCGCGUCAGAUGUUCGACCCCAACUACGUGCUCUUCAUUCCGGUUUCUUCCGACCGCACAACAUUCCAUCCCAACAAAUUGAGUAGCAUCAACGACGAACAUCUCAUGUUUUUCAAGUUCAUCGGACGUAUCAUUGGCAAAGCACUAUAUGAGGGCCGCGUGCUCGACUGCUACUUUAGCCGCGCGGUCUACAAGCGAAUUCUGGGCAAGCCGGUGUCAGUCAAGGACAUGGAGUCGUUCGACCCUGAGUACUACAAGUCGUUGGUAUGGAUGCUCGAAAAUGAUAUCACGGAUAUCAUCACCGAAACGUUUGCAGUGGAGGACGACGCUUUUGGCGUGACCAAGACUGUCGACCUGUGCGAGAAUGGACGCAACAUCCCAGUCACCGAGGACAACAAGCACGAAUACGUCCGGCUGGUGGUUGAACAUAAGCUGCUUGCUUCGGUGAAGGAUCAGAUGGCGGAGUUCCUUCAAGGGUUCCACGAUAUCAUUCCUGCAGAGCUCAUCGCAAUUUUCAAUGAGCAGGAGCUGGAGUUGCUCAUAUCCGGACUUCCAGACAUCGAUGUGGAUGAUUGGAAGGCUCACACUGAGUAUCACAAUUACCAACCGUCGUCGCAGCAGAUUCAGUGGUUCUGGCGCGCAGUUCGGUCAUUUGACAAGGAAGAGCGGGCUAAACUGCUGCAGUUCGUCACGGGCACAUCAAAGGUGCCACUCAAUGGCUUCAAGGAGCUCGAGGGCAUGAAUGGCGUCAGCAGAUUCAACAUCCACCGAGACUAUGGCCGUCCAGACCGCCUCCCGAGUUCUCAUACAUGCUUCAACCAACUGGACCUCCCUGAGUAUGAAAGCUACGAUGUUCUUCGCAAACAGAUCCUGAAGGCGAUUACUGCGGGGAGCGACUACUUUGGAUUCGCGUGA